GUUGAGUUGAGUUGGGGGCAACUAUCUCUUUUUCGCUUUGUUCAGUUUAUAUCGAUUUACUGUGGAGUUAGUCGUACUACACAUACGAAUCAUCCAAAUGCCGGCAUGCAUAAACAUGAAUGAAAUUGUGGCUUUUAGUCGAGUUAUAAUUGGAAUGGUCUGGUGUCUUGUCCCGCCGUCGGGACACGUUGUCCUUCGCCUGCUAGAGUUUAGUUUAGUCGCUCGAUUUGGUACUAGUCUAGCCUGGUUUGGUCGAAGCCUGUAUUAGGUAAUCGUCAUGGGAAAAUCAAAGAUUCUGUCAGUUGUAUGGUAUGGAG